CAGUCACGGGAGGGCCGCGUGGGGGCUCCCAGCCGGACGGCUGUCACCAAACCCUCUCACCGACCCCAAGGACUGGACUUGGCCGCGGGGGACAGCUGGCGGCGUCCCGGGGGUGGGGGGAGCGCGGCUGCCGCAGCCGCCCAGCCGGCCCCCGCUGCCCGCGCCCCGCGGGGACCUUCUGGCCGCCCCGAGCGCGGGCCUGCGGCCGCUCUGAUUGGCGCGCGCCGCGGGCCCGGCGCGCUCACCUGCCCCUCGCAGCCAAUCGGGGCCCCCGAAAUCGGGGCUGUCGCGGGCGGAGGGGGCCAGGGCGGGGGCGAGGCCGCUGGCGGGAGGAGUGACCGCCCGGCCCGCCGGCAGCCCCAGCGCCCGGCUCCGCGUCUCCGCCCCGACGGCUCCCCCUCCUCCCCCCACAACGAGACGCCCCCCGCCCCGGGAGCCCCGCGCCCCAGCGCAGCCCCGCCGAAGAAGGAUGUUCACGUCCAAGUCCAACUCGGUGUCUCCCUCGCCGUCGCUGGAGCAGGCGGACCCCGACGCCCUGGACAUCAGCACCAAAGUGCAGCUUUACGGGGUGCUGUGGAAGCGGCCCUUCGGGAGGUCGUCGGCCAAGUGGUCCCGGCGGUUUUUCAUCAUCAAAGAGAGCUUUCUGCUCUACUACUCUGAGAGCGAAAAGAAGAGCUUUGAAACCAAUAAGUACUUCAAUAUUCACCCCAAGGGUGUCAUCCCUCUGGGGGGCUGCCUGGUGGAGGCCAAAGAAGAACCCAGCAUGCCGUACGCGAUGAAAAUCUCCCACCAGGACUUCCACGGCAACGUGCUGCUGGCCGCCGAGUCAGAGUUUGAGCAGACCCAGUGGCUGGAGAUGCUGCAGGAGUCAGGAAAAGUGACCUGGAAGAACGCCCAGCUCGGAGAAGCCAUGAUCAAAAGCUUGGAGGCCCAGGGGCUGCAGCUGGCCAAGGAGAAGCAGGAAUAUUUAGACAAGCUGAUGGAAGAGACAGAGGAACUCUGCCUUCAGAGGGAGCAGAGAGAGGAGCUUGAACGCCUUAACCAGGUGCUGGAGGCUGAGAAGCAGCAGUUUGAGGAGGUGGUACAGGAGCUGAGAAUGGAACAGGAGCAGAUCAAGAGGGAGCUCGAACUGACUGCCAGAUGCCUCAAGGGUGUGGAGCAAGAGAAGAAGGAGCUGAGGCACCUCACAGAGUCCUUGCAGCAGACACUGGAGGAACUCUCCAUCGAAAAGAAGAAAACUCUGGAAAUGCUGGAGGAGGAGACCGAAAACCAGCUGCAGACACCAGCCGAUCAGAGUGAGCAGCCCCCUCCCAGCGAGGGUCUCCACAGCAACCUCAGGCAGAUCGAGGAGAAGAUGCAGCAACUGCUGGAGGAGAAGCUGCUGGCAGAGAAGCGGAUGAAGGAGAAUGAGGAGCGCUCGCGGGCCCUGGAGGAGGAGCGGGAAUUCUACUCCAGCCAGUCCCAGGCGCUGCAGAACUCGCUGCAGGAGCUGACGGCAGAGAAGCAGCAGGCCGAGCGCGAGCUCAAGGCAGAGGUGAAGGUCCGCAUGGACCUGGAGAGGCGACUAAGGGAGGCAGAGGGGGCCCUGCGGAGCCUGGAACAAGGACUCAACUCCAAGGUGCGGAACAAGGAGAAGGAGGAGAGGAUGCGGGCAGACGUGAGCCACCUGAAAAGGUUCUUCGAGGAGUGCAUCCGGAACGCGGAGCUGGAGGCCAAGAUGCCGGUCAUCAUGAAGAACUCCGUGUACAUCCACAAGGCAGCCACCCGCCGCAUCAAGAGCUGCCGCUUCCACCGGCGCCGCUCCAGCACCUCCUGGAAUGACAUGAAGCCCUCGCCAUCCCUCCUGACCUCCCAGCUGGAAGCCAACAACGUGGAGGAGCUGAAGGAGGUGGCCAAGCGGCUGAGCCGCGACCAGCGCUUCCGGGAGUCCAUUUACCACAUCAUGAACACCCAGCCCGGAGCUCCCGCAGCCCUUCCCCGAGGGGGAAAGUGAUCCACCUCCUGGCACCCCUCCAUAUCUUGACUCAGUGGGGCUGCAGGG